AUGACAACAAUAAAAGACAAAUCCCUUUGCAGCACAUGCAAUAUUGAAAGAGGUAUUUUCGUAUGUAAUGGAUGUUCACAAUCAUUUUGUUUACAACAUACAACAAAUCAUUAUAAUGAUAUUGCUGAUCAAUUUACUGUGCUAGAGCAGACUCGUGACCAGGUUUUGCAAGACUUAAAUUAUGAAAUGGUUAAACCUCAAGGUGAUAUAAGAGCAUUACAUGAUGAUCUAGCCAGUAAAAUUGACAUUUGGGAACAAGAAUCAAUCAGUAAAAUUAAAAAAGCUGCAAUACAAGCUAGAACUGAUCUAUUUAAAUGUACAAUUGGACAUUUAUCCUCAAAACGACUCGAUCUAGAGCAAAUAACUGAUGAAUUACAACAAGCUCGUAAAAGAAAGGAUUUUAUCGAAACUGAUCUAUCUGAAUGGCAAAAUAAACUAAAACAAUUAAAAGAAGAACUUACUACACAACCAAAUGUUAUAGUUCAUGAAGAUUCUACAAAACUUAUUUCUAAUAUACAUAUCAAUGUCUUCGAUGGAAAAGAAUUAUUUAACAGUUCAGCUGGUGAUGCUGUUUUUGAAGAAAACGGAAAAGUUGUUUGCGUAAAAGCUAAUCCAAAUAUGUAUUCUGAAGUACGAGGUAAAUGUGAAUAUACCAUAGGAGAACACAGAAUACUUUUAAAAAUUGAAGAAUUAAAUGGAUGGACUUUAUUUGGUAUUAUCUCUAAAUCUACUCCAUUACAAGUUCAUUCAUAUGCUUCACCUUCAAGUUACGGCUGGUAUAAUGGUUCUAAUUAUAAUUAUGCUGCUGGACAACGUAUUAAUGGAGAAGGUACUACUGCUCAAAAGAACGAUACAAUACAACUUGUGAUCAACUGUGAUAAAAAAUUAAUUCGAUUAAUAAACGAACAAAAAAAUGAAGUAUUAGAAUUAAAUGUCGAUACUGAUAAAUGUCCGUUUCCAUGGCAAUUACAUCUUAAUCUUAAUUUACCAACAACACGCAUUCGAAUCAUUUCAUAA